GCCCCUGUUGAGCAUUGUGGAGAGGGGAGGUGGAAUAUACGGAGUACGGUGGUAGCCGUCUUGUGACAGUCAGUCACUCGUCUUGGCAAAGGGACAUUAGUUAAAGUCUGACCUGGAUUGAUCCAGUGAAGGAGGAGGAAUGAUAGUUAUGUUCCCAAUUUUGCUAGUAUGGCGCUUUGGCAGCAUCCUGCCUGUCCGCUUUGUUUUGAUCUCUGCAUGCAGCUUGACGAAAGUCGAUGUAGUCUCAGACCGCAUGACGGCGGACGGCUCCGAGCCGUGAGCUCAUCGUGUUGACUCGAUGUGUAAACAUGGCAAAGCGGUGAAAUAAGCAGCACCCCCGGCCGGCCCUGCUGUCAUGGAGGUGGGCAGCCUCCCAGUGGAGCUGUGGAGGGUUAUUUUAGCCUACCUGCCUCUCGCUGACCUGGGCCGCUGCUGCCAGGUGUGUCGCGCCUGGAGGGAGCUGGUCCUCUCUCUGGAUAACACCCGAUGGAGGCAGCUGUGCCUCUGCUGCCCCGAGUUCCGACACCCCAACUGGCCCAGUAAGCCUCACCUUGAGCCCCCGUCGUGGAGGGAAGCCCUGAAACAACACGCCCUGGCCACCCGCACCUGGACUCAAAAUGAACCCGAGCAUCAAUCCACUGCCUGCCUCCUUUUAUUCAGGCGCCGGAAAGACCGCAAGGUUUGGCAUGUGGGGCCCGGGUUUGAGUUUGAGACCUUGCGAGGAGCUCUUGGGGUGGCUGGGCCUUAUGACCGAUUGGUUCUCCAUCCGGGAGUGUAUGAAGAGCAGGCUGAGGUGGCUCUCAAGGUGCCUGUGGAGUUGGUUGGGCUUGGCACACUGGGCCAGGUGACCCUCUUGGUGUGCAUGGAGCAGCAGUGCCCUACUGCCAGGUUUUGUAAUCUGGUUUUCAUGCCACCCUGGUUCUCCACAGUGGUCUACAAGACAUCAUGGGGUCAUGUCCAACUGGAUAACUGCAACUUUGAGGGGGCUCAGCUGCAAGUCCGCGGGCCCGGGACUUGCCAGGCACGCUUUUGCUCCUUCUCGAAGGGCAGCUCUGUACAUUUGCUCAGUGUUGCCUUCAGCUUACUGGACAGCUGUGACUUCUCCGGGAGCGAUACUGCUUCCGUAACCGUGGAAGGUUCACCCGUGUCUGAAAAGAACUGGGCUUGUAAAUAUAUGGCUGCCCUGGCCAGGAAUUUGUCAUCGUGUGGGAACAAUAAUAGCAGCCCCUUCAGAGGGAUUUCCACUGGCAGACCCAGUUCUGAUGCUACUGUUAAAAAGGAGCACACAGUUUGGGAGGACUGGAAGCGGGAAAAUGGACCAGAAGCAGAUGAUCAGGGCACAGUGAUUGAAGAUGGCUGGAGUGAUGGCGAGGAUGGUGAGAACAAAGAGGCAGGAAUGACCAAAAACAAAUUUCCACCAGAAUAUAAAAUCCCAUGUGACAACCAUGGACUGGCCUACUUACUGCAGCCCCGUGCAGAUGGCUCUUUGCCAUCCGCCUCCUCCACAAAUCCCCCACGCACGACUCCGGAACCACUCACCCUUCAGCAGGAACUAGAAAGAGACCCAGAUGCUCAGAUGUUUGCGUCGUCCACUCUGGGCUGUCUCGUCCGGCGUUGUCUCUUCAGGGACGGGAAGGGAGGUGUCCAUAUGUCGAAUUACGGACAAGCUCGACUGGAGGGCAACGUUUUCCGCUGUCUGAACUACGCCGUCAGAUGCAUCCAGAACUCCAUAAUAGUGAUGCUGCGAAACGAAGUGUGCGAGUGCAGAGCAUCAGGCGUGUUUAUGCGGCUGUCGGCUCAGGGCCUCAUCGCCGAAAAUGACAUCCACUCAAACGGGGAGGCGGGGUUGGACAUCAGGAAAGGAGCAAACCCCAUCAUUGUGUGUAACAGAAUACACAGUGGCUUCCGCUCAGGGGUUGUUGUGCUUGGCAAUGGAAAGGGCUCACUUCGGAGCAACCAAAUCUAUAACAACAAAGAAGCAGGCGUGUAUAUACUCUUCAGUGGGAACCCUGUCGUCUGUGGGAACCACAUCUUCCAAGGGCAGGCAGCAGGGAUUGCUGUAAAUGAGAAUGGUAGAGGGAUGGUAAUGGAGAAUGUCAUCAAGGAAAAUCGGUGGGGAGGUGUGGACAUCCGCAGAGGGGGUGACCCAAUCCUGAGGAAUAACUUCAUCUGUCAUGGAUACUCUGAUGGCAUUGUGGUGGGAGAGCGUGGCCGGGGACUCAUUGAAGGAAAUCAUGUCUACUGCAACAAAAGUUGCGGUGUGUGGGUUAUGUCAUCCAGCCUCCCCCAGCUCCUCGGAAACUACAUCACCCAUAACUGGCUGUACGGCGUGGCCGUGUUCUGCAGGAAGGACCCAGAGAACAUCGAAGCCAGGGAGGGGAACUGGCUAGCGCCCGACGACAGCGGUGAUAGGAGGGGCGUGGUGGAAGAAGAUGGGAGGGAAGAGCAAGAAAACGUACAUGAGGAGGGAGAACUCUUUGCAUGGGAGAGCGACCUGGACAGUGAGGAUGAACGCCACGCAGCACGCCGCUCCAUCAGUGUGGCGCUGGUGGAGAGCAAUUGCGUGAGCUUCAAUGGAGCCGUAGGCCUUUUCAUUAAAACCAGCGAGCCACUCAACAUUUAUGCCAACCUCGUCAACCAAAACGAUGGCGAUGGCGUUUCCGUGCUACAGAGCAGUCAUCUGACCCGCCUGGUUGCCAACUGCAUUCUUGCAAAUGGUCGAGCGGGUGUUACUGUAAAGAAAGACUCCCGUGCGGAGCUUCGCAGUAACGGUAUAUAUGAAAACAAAGGCCACGGCGUCAACUUCACCGGGUCCGGACAGAUGGUAGAGAACGACUUGGUUGGAAACUGGAACUACGGGAUCCAAGUGUCUGGAAGUGGUGAUGUCAAGGUGCUGCGCAACCGCAUCCAGCCGACCCUGGAUUGUGGCAUCUCAGUACUGGGACCAGUAAAAGCAGUAGUCACCGAUAACCAGCUGUUCCAAGGCCACCCAUAUGGCAAAAAAAGCCUUUUAUACUUGGACCCUAGCAACGAGAGCUGUGUGUUACGCAACAACAGUAUUUCAAGCCAUAAUAGCAGCUGUACAUCUGUCCCUCCUUGGGUACUGGAAAACCCUCCCCCUCGUCCACCGGCCAGCUCACCUACGGGCCUCUCCUCCUCCCAGUACCCUUCACGACUGGGAAUCUCCAUGACGAAUAGGAUAAGCGCCACUGUGGAGAGCGGUUGCCACAGUGGCAGCAUGUUCUGCUCUAUCCUGUGAAAAAAAACUUAGAAGUAUAACAUUUUAAGAUGACUUUGCCAAAAGUGAAAGUAGACACCCUCAUUGCCUUCGCCCUUUGGUUUGGAUAUAGCAAAAAAAAAA